AUGGCCUCAACUUCAGUUGUCAAAAAACCUACCAGUCCUACGGACGCAGACUCCACCAUCGACGCCAGCUCGCGAUCUGCGCUCACAUCAGCAAAGCGCAAUCUUCGGUACCUCUAUGCCCCAGGCAGCUCUCCUAAUCAGCCCCAACGCCGCCGUACACGCGUUCUUCUUCGUUUUCUUCGUUCUGCUACCAUCUUUGUCUUCUGGAAACUUGUGCGUUGGGCGAAGUACGCAGCCAUUGCCUCACUAGUAGCCGCCGUGGGAGCUGGUGCGGUUGGAACUGCUGUUAGCGGAGUAGGCUUUGUGGUUGCGCCCACAGGUAUCAUGGCUGCCGUGCUCUCGGGGUCGGUUUGGGGGAUAGGUAGAAUGGCGGCUAGGCGAGUGCAAAAGAGAUGGGGAAAAUCCGGGUACGGGGAAAUGGAAGAAGAGAUUGAGGAAAGCAGGAGUGCAAAUAUGAGGAAAGAGCUGAUGGCUCAACAACCCCUCCCAUUCAAGGCGUCGGAUUUCCCUAGCACCGAUGCCGCUCAAGCCAAGAUAAUGGAAAUGAUGACUUUGAUGGUCACGUCCGGCAUGGUCAAGAUGCCCUACUUGAGCGGCAUCAAGAAGGAACAGAUCCCAAUUCCAAUGCGCGACGACGGACCCAAUCGGAGCCUGGUCUACAGCCCGGAAACUUCGACCGAGCAAGGUCCUCUUAUUGUCAUUUUCCACGGAGGUGGCUGGUGUACCUGCUUCCCCGAAGUGGUCGAGCCAUACUGUGGUCAUUUGGCGAACAUUAACGGUGCGACAGUGAUUGCAGCUGGGUACCGAUUGGCUUCGGCGUUUACCUUUCCUACUGCUCCGAAUGACGCAUGGGAUGUCGUGAAAUGGGCUGCUGCCAAUGCCGCAAAACUCGGCGCAGAUCCAUCAAAGGGUUUCAUUGUUGGCGGUAUGUCAGCAGGCGCCAACCUCGUCAGCGUCGUAUCGUAUCUCGCACGGGAUGAGAAACUGGCACCUCCGCUCACCGGCGUUUGGCUCGACGAGCCGAACCUAAUUGAUCCAACUGUUUUGCCAGAGAAGUGGAGGCAAGACUACCGGAGCCUGGAGCAAUUCAAGGACAACACACCAAUUCUCGACAGGGCCGAUAUUGAGUGGUAUAAAAGUGUGUAUUUGUCUUCCGACAAGCACCCUUCCCACUCCACGUAUGCUGAUGGAUUGGAUCCGCUGCUUGACGAGGGACUGAUCUACGAGCGAACCUUGAGAGAAGAUUGUGGUGUGAAGACCAAGCUGGAUAUGAUCCCUGGUGUUCCACAUGGAUUUCAUCAUAUGCUGCCGACGUUCUCCAAAUCGGGUCCCACAAUACAGAAGAUGUUUGAGGGGAUUGAUUGGCUGCUAAAACAGAAGUAG